GAAAAUUACGUCGUCUUUGUUGUUAUCUCUCUCUCUCUCUGUGUUCGUAAAACCCCGUAUUCACCACGCACAAAUCAAACCCUAAUUCUUCAUCUUCUUCAAUAACUAAUCAAUCAUUCAUUUACCAUCUUCCUGAUCUCAAUUCCCCACAUAGCCUCGUAAAUCCAUAAUCCAAAUCUGGGUCACAUCAAAAAAGGGUUUUUGAUUCGAAAACGAAAAUCAAAACAUUCAGCAAUGCUGACUCAAAUCAAAGACACGUGAUGGCGGAUUGGCACGUGCUGUUGGUCGAAUUCGUGUUGGUUAAUAUUCGUUGGUUGUUGAAUUAGGGUUAGGGUUUGUUGAAUUGAUGUGAUUGAAGCAUGCUGAGCGUGCUGAGAGUGCACCUUCCGUCCGAUAUUCCGAUUGUGGGUUGCGAGAUUUCGCCUUAUGUCCUUAUACGCCACCCUGAUAAGACUGUUUCUACUGAAGAUGUUCCUGAGAAUUUGCCCCUUCAUGGUUGUUUUUUGAGAUAUAAGUGGUAUCGUAUACAAAGUGAUAAAAAAGUUGCUAUAUGCAGUGUACAUCCAUCCGAGCAAGCCACAUUGCAGUGCUUAGGUUGUGUUAAAGCCAAAUUACCUGUUGCCAAAAGCUACCAUUGCACUACCAAAUGUUUUUCCGAUGCAUGGCAACACCAUCGUGUUUUACACGAGCGUGCUGCUAGUGCUGUUAACGAAAAUGGAAAUGAAGAAGAAGAUAUCUAUGGACGGUUUAAUAAUACGACAUCUGGGAUAAACAAUAAUAAUAAUAACAAUAAUACAAAUGGGCAAGCCGUUGCCAAUGGUACAACAUAUCCCGCUACAGUUACGCAACGAAACGGUGGUGAAAUUUGGUUUGAAGUUGGGCGUUUUAAAACAUACACACCAACAGCAGAAGAUAUCGGUCAUGUUCUUAAGUUUGAAUGUGUUGUGGUAGAUUUAGAGACAAAAUCGCCUGUCGGACAAGCAAACACUAUAUUAACAUCUCGUGUGAUUCCCGCCCCGUCACCGAGUCCAAGGCGAUUGAUUUCGGUCACCAACGCUGACGUGGCAGGCCAUUUGGAUACAUCUUCCGGGACAUUCUCUGUGCUUUCGUAUAACGUUUUGUGUGAUGCGUAUGCUACUAGUGAUCUGUACGGUUAUUGCCCUUCGUGGGCCCUUUCUUGGCCUUAUCGUAGACAGAAUCUGUUAAGAGAGAUUGUUGGUUACCUUGCAGACAUUGUUUGUCUUCAAGAGGUUCAAAGUGAUCACUUUGAGGAAUUUUUUGCGCCCGAGUUGGACAAACAUGGAUAUCAGGCUCUUUUUAAGAGGAGAACCGCUGAGGUGCAGAACGGUAAUAAUCAGACGAUUGAUGGCUGUGCUACGUUUUUUCGUAGAGAUAGAUUCUCACACGUGAAAAAGUAUGAAGUUGAGUUUAAUAAGGCUGCACAAUCUUUAACCGAUGCGUUGGUUCCUAAUGCCCAAAAGAAAACAGCUUUAAAUCGAUUGGUUAAGGAUAAUGUUGCGUUAAUUGUUGUUCUAGAAGCAAAGUUUGGUAACCAAGGCGUUGAUACUCUUGGAAAGCGACAACUUGUUUGUGUGGCAAAUACUCAUGUGAACGUUCAGCAUGAGCUAAAGGACGUGAAACUUUGGCAGGUUCACACACUGUUAAAAGGAUUGGAAAAGAUAGCUGCCAGUGCGGAUAUUCCGAUGUUAGUUUGCGGCGACUUCAAUUCGGUUCCGGGAAGUGCUCCACACGCGCUUCUUGCAAUUGGAAAAGUUGAUUCAAUGCAUCCGGAUUUAGCCGUAGACCCUCUUGGAAUAUUAAGACCUGAUACCAAGUUGACUCACACUCUCCCGUUGGUAAGUGCAUACUCGUCCUUUGCGAGAAUUGGCUAUGAACAACAGAAGAAGAGAGUGGACCCCAAUACAAAUGAACCCUUAUUUACAAAUUGCACAAGAGACUUCAUUGGCACCCUUGAUUAUAUAUUUUACUCAGCUGAUAGUUUGACUGUGGAAUCAUUAUUGGAGCUUUUGGAUGAGGAUAGCUUGAGGAAAGAUACAGCACUUCCUUCUCCAGAAUGGUCAUCUGAUCACAUCGCACUCUUAGCUGAAUUUCGGUGCAAGCCUCGCGUUAGACGUUAAUGCAUUUUAGGCCAAGGUAAAAGGAAAGAUAAUGGCGAUAAAAGUAAAGGGAAACCAAUGUAAGAAAAAGUAGAUUUUGUAGGUAAUUUGUGCAAUGAUCUACUACACUUUGUAUCAUGCUACCUUUGACUCGAGAAAAUCGAUCAUGUUUAGUUUCUUUUUUUUUUUUUUACUUGAUAGAAAUAUAAUAUCAGCAGUAUAACGUAGCGUUGUCCCAUGAGUUGUUAUCUCAUGGACUAACUUUUAAUCGCAACUAUUCGCGUUUUGACAAAAUUAGUCUGACUA